UAUAUCACAGCAUCAAUAUCAGAUUUAUAGUUUACAUUCUCUUCAUCAAUGUAAUUCAAUAUGCCUCCAGCAAACAGCAACCCAAACCCAAACACAGAGCCAUUUGAGACGUUCUUUCGAGGAUGGCUGGUCAGGCAAGAGGAAGUCCGCCAGCUACUCCUCCAAGCAACUACUGAGCGCGACUGCGACAAGGCAAGAGAAGACGAGGAGGCAAGGCUGCAAGGGCUGAUAGGGAGAGUGGUGGCGCACUAUGCUGAGUACUACAAAGCGAAGCUGAGAGUGGUGAGAGAGGACGCGCUGAACAUGUUCGAACCACCAUGGUUCACUCUCUUCGAGCGAAACCUACUUUGGAUCGGUGGGUUCAAGCCAGGGCUCGCGCUUCGGCUGGUGAGGAACUAUGUAACGAACCUGACGGAGGAGCAGACGCGGAUGAUGGAGGAUGUGAGGACGGAGAUGGCUGAGGAGGAGAGGGAACUGGCUGCGGAGCUGGAGAAGGUGAAGACGGGGCCCACAAUGAUAUCGCUCGUGGAGAUGGCGACAAGGGGGAGAGAGCGGUCGAAUGGAGAAAGGGACGAGGUGGAUGAGCAAAUUGAGAUAGUGAAGUUAGCAGUGGAGACGCUUGUGGAGUGUGCUGAUUAUCUGAGAUGCAAAACUGCCCUUAAGAUCAUGGACAUACUCAACCCUUCUCAGAAUUUGAAGUUCUUGCUGGCCAUAACUCAGCUUCAGCUCCGAGUUUGCAACUGGGGAUUGCAGAGAGAAGCUGAGAGCCGCAAUGACAAUGGCCGCCACUAGAGAUGCCUUCAACUUCAUCAGGUUCAAAUUUUGAAGGUUUGAUACCUUUGGAGGUAUCAUGCAAUUUUCCCGGAGCAAAACUUUUGGACGCGUGAUGCUUUUAGAUGUAUAUAUUAUGGGAUUUUCCUUAAUAUUUUAUGUUUGAAUGAUGUAAUCUGUAUUGUAAGUUGUUAAAAAUUAGAAGUAUUUUCAACUUAA